AUGGCUUACCAUGGAUCAUGGGGACGUGGUCGUAGCAUUUAUGGCCAUAAUAGUGUUCGCUCCAAUGCUAAGAGAUCUACCGCUGUGAGAUCAAGAUCCAAAGCUUCUUCCCUAGAUGGCCAGACUACUCCUGAUAGUGGGCAGAGUAUUAGGGAUAAAAAAACCUUCCAUCUCUCGAAACCAGUCGUAAAAUCAUCCCUUCGAUGUCUAGUUGGUAAAUUCGAAGCCAUGGACGCUUUGAGUCUUCCCAUACAAGAUUUCACACUCCAACCUGCACCAUUACACUCAGCACGAAACUCCUCUCGAAAAGGAAGCAGGUCACGAGAUUCUUCACAGAAAAGAUUAUCCACCAUCUUAAGUCCGACUAGUAGGAAUAAGUCUAGAGAUGGCGAUGUAUUUAUCGAGGAAUACAUGAGAAAUAAAAAAUGGGGAGAGGCGCCUAGUAGUACUAAAUCGACACUUCUCCGAUCUCAGAAAAGGCAAUUUCAAUCGAGACGACUGAGAACUCCACAGCAGCCGGCAAAAGCUAUAAGGACACCGUCGAAGAGUGAAAAUCGGAUGGUUUCCUCGAGAUCGACUUCGAAGAAUUUGAGUGGUAAAAACCCCGAAACUCCAGCCUAUACACUCCCGAAAAAGUCUCCAAACAAGAAAAUUGGAAACAUGAUUAAAGACCGAAUACGCUUCUUCGACGGAAGUCCAGACGAGAAACUUCCCUCGAGCCCCACAAAAUCAAGUCCUCCAAAAACUGUCCCAUCUUUAUUUACUCCAGCUCACCAUGUCUAUCGGAAUAAUGAAUCUCCCUCAACUUCCUACACUACCGCUAUCGAAACACCAACCUUCAAAUCAACAAUGAGAGGCUCGACAAACUUCUCUAGAACAUCUGAAGUGGCUAAAGACAAGAUUACUACAAUAUCUUCAGCACAAAAAGCGCAAUAUACACCAGUAACUCACAGAAAACAACGCAAUGUUUUUGGAGAAGCAGUUCAGAAUCCUUUCUUGGCUUCUCAAGGAAGUUCGGAAAAGACAAGGUCUUCGAAUACGGUUUCGCCUCAUACCUCUCCGGCGAGACCGCAGGGAUUCAAGAGAUUGAAAUCAGAAACUAAAGUAGACAUCAAUUCACGCGGAAGUUCUCUAGCCCGCUACGAAACCAACGCUACCCCCACCCGCGGUCCCUCUCUCCCUAGAAUCUCCCGCCCAAGAGGACGAACGAUCCCCGGUCGUAAGGAUCCCAAAACAGGUAUACAAAAAGAUGUUGAUAAGCGACGGAGCCAAAUUAGCGAGAAAAUCGAAGCUAUCUAUCAAGCUAAGAACGAAGCCCGGAGAACUGAAGGUCAAGAUGCUAAAAUUGUUCUUCAAGAAAACUAUGCAGUGCCUCCUAUGCCGAGAAAUGUCGAGAAAGAUGAUGUGAGACAACCUCAGCGGAUAAAGGAUACGUCGUCUUUUCGAUCAAAAUCGAAAGUUGCGGAUAUGAGAAUGAGGUUUGAUGGUGGUGCAUCAUUUGCCGGAACCGUGUUGCCUGGUUCUGCAUCACGAGAUGCAGGACCAAGAAUUGUGUCUCCAGUCAAAGAAGGAGAGGAUCCUGCAAUUAUCCCUAUUCCUCCGCCUGCACCACCACCUCCUGUUUUCUCAUCGCCCGUUCGUAGGAAAAGUGUUCCUGAUCCUGAUACUCCUCAACAUUCUCUUCCUCUCCCUACUCAAGAACAGAAACGAGUAAGUCCCAAAUCUUCCGAGUUUGCUUCCUCGCCGAGGAAAAAUGUGCUUUCAGAGACGAUCAUGCAGAGAGUAUCUAUUUUACCCUUAGAAUCCACAGAGAAGAUAGCAAUCCAAAAGCGCCAGCAGACACCAGCACCUAUGAAUGAUUCACCCGCAACUCCACAACUUGAGAAGAGUGCACUUCAGACUUGGCCGCGCUCGGGGAUCAAAAAACCGAAACAAGUAAGAAAUGGAUUGAUAGCGGAGAAAAUGAGAUUGUUUGAGGAUAUUUCGAGGAAGGAGAAGAAUGAUGAGAGUAUUGUUCUUAGUCCUGGGAAGGAAAAACAGGAUGGGGAGAGUGGGCAAGGGAGACUUGCGGUUGGCAGUGGUGGUGGUAGAACAGGAAUGAGAACAAAGACGCUGAUUGAAGGGAGGAAAGAGAAAUUCGAGAGUAGUCCACGGAGAGAUGGAGAUGAGGAUGGGGAAGCGAGGAAGGGGAGAAUCAAUCCGGUUUUUCCAAUGGCUAUUGUGGCGAAUGACGGAUGGAAGGGGAAAGGGAAGAACAAGGGAAAAGAAAAGGAGGGGCCAGUAAAAGAUAAACAGGAGGAUGUUGGUAUCCAAAUUGUUGAAGUAUCUUCAUCACCCGCGCCGGCAAAAUCAAGAGAGAGGCCAGGGAGCAGAGGACCGAGAAAAGGAAGUAGAGGCCGUGUGGUUGGUCAAUGGAAUGACUUUUCCCCGGGGGGUGGUGGGGAUCGGGAUGGAGAUGCAUUAGCGCAUUUACCUCUCAAAAGAGGAUUGAGAGAUGCAAGAAUGCAUAUGGGUAGAGAUGGGAGUCAAAGUAUUGAUUGGGAUGAGGUGGAACGGGAACUUGGGGAGAAGGGAGGGUGGAGAGAUGAAGACCUUGAUGGGUUGGUGGGAUGGGGGGAAAAGGAGAAAAGAAUUGAUGGCUUGAGAGGGGGGAAGGGGAUCAGUGUGAGUGUUAGAGUGAGGGGGAAGGAAGCUGGUGGGAAAGUUGGAAGAGGGGAGGAUGGAAGAGAUGAGAGUGAGAAAAGAGAUAUAAUGGUGGUUAAAGAAGCGGAAUGUGGAUUGUCGGAACCGAAACCGUUGAGGGCGGUGGAAAUAAAGAGGAUGGUGGAGAUUUGUCGGGAUAGGGAGAGAGUUGGAGAAAGAGAGAGGAGUAGAGGGAGGAAGUUGGAGAGGAGGAAAUGA